ACUUUCUCCGAUCCGAAUCGCUACUGGAUCCUGCCCCUGCACUCGCAAAUCCGUUUGGAGCAGCAGAGGGAGGUCUUCCUGAAGCCUCCACCAGGAGUGCGAAAGAUCGUGCUGAGUACCAACAUUGCAGAAACCUCAGUCACCAUCAACGACAUUGAGGUGGUUAUUGACUGCGGCCGCGCCAAGGAAACCAGCUACGAUGCUUUCCUCCGCGUGCCGACGCUGAACACCUCCUGGGUCUCCCACGCGUCCCUGAAACAGCGCGCCGGCCGAGCUGGCCGGACGUC